AUGUCGGAGCCCGAUGAAGCAAAAGAACUUCGUCUAUGUAACAACGUAGAGCUCAAGAUUGCGCUCGCUGAAAGUGAUGAUAAGCUCCAGCGUCUUCUCAACCUUUACCUCGCCCCUCUAUUGUUGAAGCUAGCCAGCCCGCAUGUCAACGUCAGGAAUAAAGUGAUUUCAAUCUGCCAGCAUGUUAAUACUCGUAUUAAAUCGCCCACAUUCCUCCUUCCUGUCGCCGCACUAUUGGGGCAAUUCAAGGAUCCGGAAAUUGGCGGGAAGUAUCCUCUGAUUCGGAACUUUGAUUUGAUGUAUGUCCAGACAGGAAUAGAGCGUCUUCCAGUGGCUGAACGGCUAGCAUUACUACCUCCUUUGCUGAAAGACAUUUCGAAGCAUGAUAACCAUGUCCACCAACGUGCCCUAUUCAAUAUCCUUUUAAAGAUAUUGCCGUUCUUUGAACCACCUCCUAGAGGGACCAAUGAAGACACCGCUUUAAGAGUGACACUUGGAUUCGCAGAAAACCCCGAAGACGCAGCAUGGGUGGCGGGCUGGAUCUCAAAACUGAUGCUGCUUAACCUAUCUGUCUUUUCUACACCCCAAGCCCAGCAGUCAGGAACCCAAAGAUCGUCCUGUCCGGGUUUAUCCCCAGAUGAUUUUGAAUUUCUCACUCUAGGUGGCAAGAGGGAGACCUUUACCCCGUUUUCAGUGCUUGCGGAUAUAAAAAAGUCCGUGCUUAAAUUUUUGGCGUCAGGUGCAUUUAUAGGUGGAGAAAGAUUCUUCCCCACUCUUAUCGGUGCUUCCGAUAGUAAUUCAGCUGUUUCGGGGCCUGCCGAAGACAUCUACAAAAGGUCACUCCCAGCCGUUUCUCUAGAUGAUCAAGACGUUGUGGCAAAGCUUUACACUCUCUAUUUCGGGUCACCAACGACUGGCAUGCCCGCAGUCAAGGUUGUUCUUCAAGCGCGGAUAGUUGCUUUGCUGGCAAAAAGUUCAACUGCGGUAGAAAUCAAAUGGAAGAAGGAAAUUAUACGCAUUGUUGAAAGUGCGCUAGAAACCGAUUAUCUCAGGUUGCGACAGGCUGCCUUUGGUUUUGUCAACUGGGCCUCCCGUAUAGGCGGAGAAGAAGUCAUGGUUGCUGUUGCGGGGGAGGUAGUAGAGAAGGUGCGGUACUGGAUUUUAAGCACUGAUUCUGAAGAUAAUGGCAUUGGCAAUAAUAAUGGAACCGUGGAUGAGAUAAGGGGGUACGCUUAUGAAUCGCUCGGACUUCUCGCCAAGCGUUCACCCAGAAUCGUGAUCGAGCCAGAGUGGAAAAUUUUGAAAUUUCUUUUUGGAAGAUUGAGAGACGAACACGUUGGGAGUGUAGGAGUAUCAGUUGAGGGGGCGCUAUCGACGCUUCUGCCAGUUAUUGCAAGGGCAAAUAUGGACAGAGAUACUGAAUAUGGUCUGGAAGAACUUAUUGUGGAUCAAAUGAUCGCAAAGAAAGGCCGUAGCACGCGGUUCUCUGCGGUUAGGUAUGCCAAUAGAACCUUGGAAUUUGGGAAUGUUGUAGGGAGGUGGGCCAAUCUGUUGGCCAUUGGGAGAAAAGGGGAAAGAGGGGAGGUAGUUGAAGAGGCCAAGAAAGGACUUCAUCCAUACUAUUACCGCCUUCUCAAUCCAGAGGAGAAGCACCCUGCAUACAAACCCCAAACUUCAGAUGAAAUGGAAGUUGAUGUCGACAAUCAGAGGGCGUCCAACAAAAAAGACAAAUUUGCAUUUCCAUCUUUUUCCACUAUCCUUGAGUACUUUUUCAACACCCAGCAUAAUGCUAUCACUUGGGGGCUAGAUGAUCUCCUAGUCGCAAAAUCUAUGCCAGUAGAAGUCUUUUCCACCGCCCUGGCAUUUGUUCGUAGAGUAGCGUUCAUGGAGGCGCUCGAUGGCGAAGAAAUACUUGUCGAUGAAGAUUGGGAACGCAAACUUGAUACUGCCGUAGAGAGGGAUGAUAAGGUCCGUGAAAAACUACAAGUGUAUUUCCGCCGCCUGUCUAAGGAGAAACCGGACACACUCGAGCAAUUCAUGCGCGUUGCAUGGGAAGGGAUGGUAUACGGAGGUACCGGUGUUGAAGGUGUCAGAGAUGUUUGGGUGGAACUUGUAGGCGUUGUUCCAAAUUUCAUGUUGGAAGAGUUUUCUAGCAAAGUUGGAGUGUUACGGAGGUGUGCCUUCACUGGAACGAAGCCCGAAGGUCGUGCAACCGCUGCGCGUGCUUUGGGACUUCUGGGGAGCCACCCUACAGUUGACCAGUCAGUAUUAAAAGUACUGCUCUCCGAAAUGGCGGAUGGUGCAGAGAGCUGGGAGAAGGCCGGUGGGCAGGGGCUUAACCGUGUCCAUGGUGGCAUCCUGGUACUGGGGUAUCUUCUUGCGCGGCUAAGCUUGCGUGGAAGGCUAGACGUCCUGGACCCCGAGACAACCACGCGUUGUAUCGAUGUAAUAAUCGCUGUACUACUAGAAGCCAGAGACCAGAUGGUACUUGAUGCGGCGAUAACCGCAUUUUCGGAAAUCUGUAUUUUUGGGGUUUUGAGUGGUAAUAGGCUUGAAAAGUCAAAAUCCGACAAGAUCCUAGAGCGAUUAGGGGAGUUGGGGAAAAAAGGGAAAGAGAAGGCUAUCCUUACGUUGGGAUACUUUUCUAUCAUCUUUCAUGAUAUAGAAGUGGCCGAAAGUUCAGUUGGAGAAGGGAAAGGCGAUAAUACGGUUAAAAAUAUAUUGGAAACGCUGUUCAGUCUACACGAAAAUCGACAAAUUGAGGUAAACUUUGCGACUGGCGAGGCAGUGGCGAGUGUAGCGGGUGGAUGGGGGAGUAAAGGUGUUAAGGCGAAGGUUGAUCUCGAUGGCUUUCAGGAUUCAAUAGUACGUGGGAAGGACACGACCAGGUUGAAAACGGUUGUGGCAAGGGUUUUGGGUUUCGUCAAAGAGACCAAGCCCGCCUUGAGAAAGGCAACCUGCGUCUGGAUGCUUAGCUUACUGGAAUUUCUUGGUGAAUCCGCAGAGGUGCAGUCCAAGCUUGGCGAGAUGCAGAGAGCAUUCAGGGGGUUUCUUGUGGACAGAGAUGACUUGGUACAAGAAACGGCCGCCAGAGGGUUAACAAUGGUUUAUGAGCGCGGCGACAGUUCGACAAAAGAUGAACUUGUUAAAAAUCUCAUUUCAAGUUUUACUGGUGAGAAGCGUACAUUGACUGGGAAUGUCUCUGCGGAUACAGAGUUAUUUGAACCGGGUGCGCUUCCCACUGGGGAUGGAAGCAUUAGCACAUAUAAAGAUAUCAUGUCCCUCGCCUCUGAAGUCGGUGAUCCUAGUCUUGUUUAUAAAUUUAUGUCACUCGCGCGACACAACUCCCUCUGGUCCUCUCGUGCGGCAUUCGGCCGUUUUGGGCUUGGUUCAAUUUUGUCCUCAUCCGAUGUUCUUAAACACAACCCAAAGCUAUACCCAAAGCUAUACAGAUACCGAUUUGACCCAAAUCCUAACGUUGCGAAGAGUAUGGAAGAUAUUUGGAAGAGCCUGGUGGGGAGUGACGAGAGAGAGGUAUUGGAGGUAUGGUUUGAGACAAUAAUCGAGGAUCUACUUGAUCAAGCCUUAGGGAGAGAGUGGAGAACAAGGGAGAGUUGCUGCAAUGCCAUCGGGGAGCUAGUUCAAGGUAGAGGUGUUGAAAAAUAUGCCAAAUAUCUGGAGCGGAUCUGGGCAGUUGCAUUCAAAGUCCUCGACGAUGUGAAGGAAUCGGUUCGGACCGCUGCGAUGAAGCUUUGUCGUGUUUUGACAGCGGCAAUGAUCAAAAUUGUUGAUGUCAAUGCGGGCUCUUCGCCAAAAGAUGCUGAAACAGUCUUGAAGAGUUUAAUGCCGUUUUUAAUGGGUUCUUCCGGACUAGAGGCAGAAGCGAAGGAAGUGCAGAUAUUUGCCUUGCGCACUCUCCUACAGCUCGUAAAAACAGGCGGGAAAGCGGUAUUACCCUAUGUUCCGAGCUUAGUUGACAAAUUUGUUGCGCUUCUUAGUUCGCUAGAGCCUGAAGUCGUCAAUUACCUUCACUUGAAUGCGGAAAAAUAUAACACCACUGGCGACGACAUCGAUCGUAUGCGCUUGAGUAAUGUCCGCGGUUCGCCAAUGAUGGAUGCCAUUGAGCGUUGUUUAGAUUUAUUAGACGGCGAGACUAUGAAAACAUUCAUCCCACAGCUCCAGAAGACUGUUCGGAAGGCGUUGGGGUUACCAUCAAAGGUUGGCUGCAGUCGCAUCAUCGUAACCCUGGUUGUUCGUCAUGGGUUUAUAUCUAAACCAUAUGCGGACGAUUUAUUGAAAACUAUUCAAUCCUCACUACAAGACCGGAAUGAAACAGUCAUGAUUUUGGGUCUUGUGUCAUAUGCGAGAAAAUUAUAUUUUGAAGGUGAAGAUGAAAAGCCUCGGGCUCUGGCAGGGGAAAUUGUGUACGCAAUCUGUAAACAUGCUACCGACCGAUUCAAUGCGUUGGCCGUCGAUGUGCUUCCUUUCAUUUUUGUUGGCAAGCAUGAUCCAGAGAAGUCGGUCAACGAGGUGUUUGGAAAAGCAUGGUCUGAGAAUACCGGAGGAACAGGUGCCAUUAAGCUUUACCUGGCAGAGAUUAUUGAUAUGACAAAGACACAUCUCACCUCCCAGCGCUGGGCCAUCAAACAGACCGCGGCUUUGAGUUUGGCAGACGCUUGCAAAUCUAUCGGAAAUGACUUGUCAGCGGAACAGCUACACCUAUUAUGGCCGGUGCUCCUUUCAGCAACAAGUGGCAAAAGUUGGGACGGGAAAGAAGCUGUGCUGGAAGCCCUCGUCUUAUUAGCUAUUAAUGGGAAAGCCCAUUUCGGCAAAAAUGAAGAGAAGCUGAUGGAGCUUAGAAAGAUUGUCUUGAGAGAGGCUAAACCUCAUGAUAUUGUUAACUCUUCUGUCUCAAAAGACAAUGAAGAUGAUAUGGAUAUCGAUGCACCUGAUGGCCGAUCCAUCAAGGUAAUACAACAAGUGACUAUUAUCAAUGGACUUUUGGCGUUAUCUUAUGCUUUUCAGCCGAAGCAUAAUAAAUCAGCGGCGAAAACGGAGAGUGAGGUCAUCCAGAUCCUAGACCUUGUGGACGAGUGUACUGCUGGUGCCAAUUAUGAGGUGAAGACAUGUGGAGCAGAAUGCAUCGAACACAUAAUCGGGAAGUUAUCGUCGGUGACCCUCACUCUUGACGACAAAAUCUGGGAUACCCUGCUCGGGAGGAUUUGGCCCAGGAUCCAAGAGAAUUCUACGGAUCGAGGACACGAAAGUGUGAGACUCAAGUCUGCAAGUGCCAUUGUGGAUUUACUCAACCUCAAGGGGCAUGGAAGUAUCUGGGGUAAGAUUCGGGAAGAUCUUCGGGAGAUCUUAGCGGAAGAACGGUCAUCGGUAGUCCUGCAAAUUAUGGAGCCAGCGGUUACACGUUUCCUCCUUCAGUAA